GGUGGCGGUAAUACAUCGACUUGUUUCGCAAGAAGAAGAGGAAGAACCAAAAAAAAAAAAAUCAUGUGACAGGAAGUUUAAAUAUAUUUGUUUUGUUCUCUCGGUGAGCUGUCAGAUGUAGUUUAAUCUUUUUAGUUACACAAAGAGCCGGUGGGUGCAGAUCUUUCCUGUCACCAUGGUGGAGCCCACAGCCUCCGGUGUGUUCUGUAACAGGAUGCUGAGCAUGGUGAACUCUGAGGAUGUGAACGCCAUCAUCCAGGCGCAGAGACACAUGCUCGAUCGCUUUGAGAAAACCAAUGAGAUGCUGAUCAACUUCAAUGGCCUGUCGAAUGUGAGGCUGCAGCAGAUGAACGAGCGUUUCCUGCUUCACACUCGCACCUUGGUUGACAUGAAGAAGGACUUGGACAGCAUCUUCAGGAGGAUUAGAACAUUGAAAGGAAAGAUUUCAAAGCAAUACCCAGAAGCCUUCAGCAACAUCAAUGAGUCGCCAAUCUUGGAGGACGACGACGACGAGGAAUUCGACCCUAUUCCUCCAAGCGUUGCUACGACAACCAACACAGCUACAUCAGAGCAGAGCACAGAAUCCUGCGACACGAGCCCCGAUGUGAUCUCGCCCACUGUGAGCAGAUGCUCUGAAGAUCUGUCUCAGGAACCGCCAGAUACGCCGACCUCUGACCUCCUUGAGACGGCUGUGCUGCGGGAUGAGGGUCCCGACUCUGUACCUGCAGAGUAGAAUGGAAGGUUUUCAAAUAGAUUCUUAAACUGAGAGUCAAUCUAAAGUCUGCUAUGGCAGCAGGUACAUUGUGUGUUUGCAUAAGUGUCGGUCUUUCUAAGAUUACACAGAUUACAUCUCUGAGAAAUUAGAGGAUUAUUGUUGGCAUGCUUACAUGUUUUGUGCUUUUAUAGCUACUAAAUCAUGCCAAAGAAAUACUUGAAGUCAUAAAUUAUGUCAGUGUAGAUGUAUGUGGUAGUCCUAACAGUGAAUCUGUGCUGGAUUUUUUUUAAUUUUUUAUUUAUAUGUUUUUUGUUUGGAAAGAUGCAUGUCUAAUUCAAUAAAUAGACUUACAUUAAUGGCAUCGUGAUUAAAAUGCACAGUGUUCCUCUCUUUCUAAAUAUAAUUAAAUUAGUGAUAAAGAAUAA